AGCGGAAUAUUACUUAAAGCUUUCCCAAAGUUCUCAUUUAUAACUUUUUGUUGAACGAUUUUUAGCAUAUUUUUGUGUCAUCCCAUAACCCCCUUUUAUCUCCGCCACAAUGCCGAAAAAUAUGGGAAAGGGCGGUAAGUCCUUUAAGGCCGGUAAUGCCAAAGGCAACAUGCAGAACGACAAGCGCGAUCUCAUCUACGCCGAUACCGAAUCGGGUGAGGAAUACGCCCAGGUGAAAAAGGCUUUAGGAAACCUGCGUUUGGAGCUUCAGCUCGCCGGCGGCACCACCGUCAUCGGGGCUAUUCGAGGUGCGAUGGUGCGGAAGGUGUGGAUUGGCCAGGGCGAUGUAGUCUUAAUCUCCAAGCGCUGCUUUAACGAGAACGACACCGUAGAUAUCAUCCAUCGCUACCGCCCCGUCGAGGUGCGGACGCUGGUGAAGGAGAACGCCAUCCCGCGUGAUUUCCGUCCCGCGGACGAGCGCGAAAACCACGGCCACCAGUACUACGUCUUCAUCAACGACGAGGAAGAGCAGGGCAAUGAGGAUGAGGACGUGAUCGACCGCAAUGAGGUUGUGAUGGAUGAUCCGUUGGCGGCGCUGGGCGACCUGUAAAGGAAGAUUGUCAAGUUCUACAGACGGUACUUCACGACCGGUGAAUAGAUGUAGCACUUUUCAAAAAGGAAUCCUUUUUGAAGCCUCGCUAAUGAUGUUUUGUUCUUUUCUUCACAAGUGUUUGUCGCCGAUGCUCGUUUAGCAAGGCUAGUUUUUGAUGUGGAAGAGGGUUUGAAGGGGUUGCUUUAAUUCAAAUAAUUUAUGGACUCAUAAGUAAAAUUGUUGGCAGUUUGUCUGAGUUAUGUUUUAGUUCUUCUAAGGUGGUGACGCGAUAAAUGGAAAUAAUAUUGAACCUAAUUUUAUCAUUUCUGAGGUGUAAUAGUUCAGGGCAUUUCUUAUGUCACCGGUUUAUAUCAUAUGAGACCAGGAGUAAUGGUGACCUUUCACUAUUCCCUUUCUAUUAUUGAAACAGUU